AUGGGCCCGGGCGGCCGCUGCCGCGGGCGCAGGGGCCCGCGCCGGGCGGCCCUCGCCGGCCUGGUGCUCUCGGCGGCGGCUGCGCAGCCCGCGGGCUCUGGCGACGGCACCUGCCCGGCGUCGGGGUGCCCGGGGCUGCAGAUGCCGAGGGUGAUCGUCGGCUGCUGGCAGCUGCUGGAGCGAAGCUCCGACCGGUCGGCGGCGGUCCGGACCCUGCGCUCCUACGCGCUGGCCAACUUCACGGCCUUCGACACCGCGGAUAUCUACGGCCCCUCCGAGCAGAUCCUGGGCCAGUUUCGGCAGUCGCUCGACGACGACACUGCCGGGGCGCUUCGCUUCUUCACCAAGUACGUCACGGAUUCGCCAGCAAGCCAGGAGGCCGACAGGAUCAAUCUGCAGAGCCGACGGAGUCUUGGAGUGGAGGCUCUGGACAUGGUGCAGUUCCACUGGUGGAGCCUGGCGCAGGACGGGUCGCGGCGCGAGUUCCUGAGCGCUGGGCGCGAGCUGAGCCGCCUGAAGCGCGAGGGGAAGAUCAGGCACCUUGCCGGGUGCAACAUGGACACGACGCACCUCAGGCUCAUGGUGGAGGAUGGCAUGGAGAUCGUGGCGAACCAGGUCCAGUACUCCCUGCUCGAUCGUCGCCCGGAGGUGCGCCUCCUGGACUACUGCAGGCAACAGAACAUCCGCCUCGCCGUCUUCGGCGUGGUCGCGGGGGGGCUUCUGAGCGGCGAGUUCCUGGGCCUGAGCAGGCCGGAGGCGCAGGCGCGGCUGGGAACGGUGUCGCGCCGCAUCCUGGGGUGGACCGGGGAUUGGGAGCUCUUCCAGUCCCUCCUCCGCACCCUCGAGGCCGUGGGCGCGCGCAAGCAGCCGCCGCUCGGCAUAGCCGCCGUGGCCUGCGCCUGGGCGCUGCGGCGCAUGGACGAGCUGGGCGCGGGCGGCUCGCUGAUCCUCGGCGUGCGGGACGACCGCCACCUGCCCGAGCACGCGGCGCUGCUGCGCGGCGAGGCGUCGCUGGACGGGGGCGACAUCUCGGGGAACGGUUGCUGGGACGACAUGGCCGAGAUCCAGGCCGUCCUGGACAGGGGCAGCGCGCCCAGCCCGGCCGCCGCUGCUGUUGCUGAGCGUGCGGUCCAUCACUUCCGUGCUGAAGCUGAGGGCUGGAAAAAGAAGUACUUCGACCUGGUUUAUUCCCUGGGUUCGGACAGGUGCCCUCAGCUGGGUCCUCGGCUGGCGGCCGCGGCGCCUGCGCUGGAGGCACUGCUCUUGGACGAGCCCGUGGAGCACACUGAUGUCCUUCGACGGAACGUUGCCCUGCAUUCGGUUGCCGAGAGGAUCGACAUCGUCACCGCCUCGCCUGCCGAGCUCAACUCUGCGCAACAUGGCCUUGGUGACAAUGCCACCGCGGUGGAGGUCUCAAUGGACAUGGACGUUGAGCACAUCUCCGUGGUCGAGAAGCAGCUGCGCUCUUGGGAGCACGUCGCACUGCUCAUGUGGGUAAUCGUGGAGUUUUUCGUCACGGCCUUCAUGUGCACUGCACUCAUCUGUGGCCUGGGCGUUGCUGUCAAAAAGGAGAAGGCGUCGGAGACCUCGGAGGUCGGUUUCGCCCGGGGCAGUUUCGCCCGGGGCAAGACGCUGUCGCCAGCGGCCACGCUGGCCCUCCAGGGCCCCUGCACGGCACCUCCGCCGGCGGGCGCGGCGGCGGCGGGGCCGCCUCCCGCCGCGCCGACGCCGGCGCUGCCGCCCGGCGCCGUCGUGCCGCUGCCGCCAAUGGUGCCGGCGGGCCGGAAGGCGAAGGUCGCCCAGGAGCUCCUGAGCCAGGCCGCGUGCCUGGGUGCGCACGCGGCCGCCGGCGUUGGACCCGGCCAGCGCGCCGCCGUCGCGCCGAUCGGCACGGCGCUGCUGCGGGGCACCGGCGCGGAGGCGCGCGAGUGCACCGGGAAAGGCCGGGGGCUCUUCGCGGCCCGUGGCGUGGACGCCGCGGGCGCGGCGGCCGGCCCCGCGGUGCUCCUGGACGACAGGACACGUCGGCCGCCACCUCCACGUCCUCGCCGGCGCCCGGGGCCGACCGAACGGGGGCGGCAGGAUGGGGGCGGCGGCGGCGCUGCGGGAGCCGCUGUCGGACGUCGUCGCGGGGCGCGCACUGUUCUCGCCGAGCAGGCCGCUCUUCUGCGGCGGCGCCUGCGCUGCGGAGUGGGAGCGGCUGUUCGGGCGCCUGCGCUGCAGGCUGGCGGCGGCGAGGCGUUUCGCGAGGCACGCGCGCCGCUGCGAGUGCCCCUUCUACCUGCUGGCGCUGAAGCUGGUCUGCUGGGCGCUCGCGGAGGCGGAGGAGAGCGGCGAGCCCGUGCGGGCCGCCGCCCCGCUGGCCGCCCUCUGCCGCCGGGCGUAGCGGCCAGGGCCUCCGCCGCUCCGAGGCGCAAGGCGGCCAGGUCCAAGGCACGGCUGCGGAGGGAGGCCGAGCAGUCCCGCCGGCUCGCGGUGGAGGCGCUCUGGGACUCGCUGCCGCUGCCGGGCGGAUGGGACUUCCUGAGCCGCGAGGGAUGGGCGAAUCUGCUGGGCGCCCUCUGCAACAACGCCAUCGCCUGCGUGUACGUCUCGCCCGUGCUCCAGCACGUGUUGCAGGUCCAGCGCCUCCGCAGGAAGAGGGCUGUGCCGACCCAGCUGCUCCGCGGGCGCCCGGUGGAGCUGACAUCGUCUGGCCCACCAGACAUGACCACGGUGAUGCUGCGGAACAUCCAGAACCGGUACACCGCCGAGGAGCUCAUCGCGGAGAUGCUGUCCAAGGGGUUCGACGGGGUGUUCGACUUCUUCUACCUGCCGAUGGACUUCAAGACGAAGAGGAACCGCGGGUUCUGCUUCAUCAACUUCCACACCGAGGGCAUCGCGAGAAGCUUUGCUAAGGCCUUCCACCAGCAGCGCCUCACGAGGUACACCACCCAGAAGAUCCUCGAGGUGUCGCCGGCGGUGACCCAGGGAUUCGAGGCCAACGUGGCGCACUACAUCCGCAAAGAUGCGCAGCGCAUCCAGAACCCCUGGUUCAGGCCCAUGAUCUUCCCAGGCCCCGGCUCGGCAGCCGCCGCGCCGCCGGCCGUGGCGCCGCCGGUGGCCCAGCAGCCGCGCUCGGCCGCCGUGCCGCAGGCCGCCGCCGGCGCGCCGCCGGCCCGGCCGCCAGCGGCGUGCCCGGCCGCCGUGCCGCUGCAGCUGAUGCACGCGGUCGCCCACCCGGCGGCGCUGCACCUCUUCAUGCCCGCCGCGCGCUGA